GGCCCGCUGCUGCUGCUAGUGCGGUUAGCCGGUCCUACCUGUGAUCACACACAGCUCUAUACAUACGGCAUCUGGAUUUCUCUACUUUUAAAGUGGUCUGUCUUUAGCGAUAUGCCUCCGAAAAAACCAGCCCCAGCUACGGGCAGUAAGAAAACCCAGGAGAAGAAGAAGGAGAAGAUUAUUGAGGAUAAGACUUUUGGUCUGAAAAACAAAAAGGGAGCUAAACAACAAAAGUUCAUCAAAGCUGUCACACAACAAGUUAAGUGUGGACAGCAGAAUCCACGGCAGGUAGCGGCUGCUGAAGGAGAAAAGGGCAAAAAGAAGGAAGAUAAGAAAAAGGAGCUCAAUGAGUUGAAUGAGCUUUUUAAGCCUGUAGUGAUAGCUCAGAAAGUCAGCAAAGGUGUGGAUCCCAAAUCAGUACUUUGUGCUUUCUUCAAGCAAGGCCAGUGCACCAAAGGGGAUAAGUGUAAGUUCUCCCAUGACCUCAGUUUAGAGAGAAAAGGCGAGAAGAAAAGUGUGUAUGUGGACUGCAGAGAUGAUGACCUUGAGAAAGACACAAUGGAAAAUUGGGAUGAAAAGAAGCUUGAGGAAGUUGUCAACAAGAAACAUGGAGAAGCUGAUAAGAAGAAAGCAAAGACACCAAUUGUGUGCAAGCAUUUCCUUGAUGCGAUUGAAAUCAACAAAUAUGGCUGGUUUUGGGUUUGUCCUGGGGGAGGCGACAACUGUAUGUACCGCCAUGCACUUCCUGUGGGCUUCGUUCUGAAGAAGGACAAGAAGAAGGAAGAAAAGUCUGAAGAAGAGAUCUCGCUGGAAGACUUGAUAGAGACUGAGCGAGCUGCCCUUGGAGCAAACGUCACCAGAAUUACUCUGGAAACAUUCUUGGCCUGGAAGAAAAGGAAAAGGCAGGAAAAACAGGCUCAAGCAGAGGAAGACAUGGAAAGAAAGAAAGCCGACUUCAAAGCCGGGAAGGCAUUUGGGGUCAGUGGAAGAGAGGUGUUUGAGUUCCGCCCCGAGCUUGUUGAUGAUGACGAUGAGGAGGCUGAUGAUACUAAAUACGUUAAAGAUGACGACUCUGAGGAUGAGGUUUCAUAUGAUAUGGAGGACAUGGAAAACGUUCAGGAUAUUGACAUCGCUAGAUUUGUCCCUAAAGAGGUGGAUAAUGCGGGUAUAACAGUGGCAUCGGCCGACAGGUUUUCUGCCAGAGUUCCUCCCCUAAAUGACACAGAUGACAAUAAAUUGAGCGAGGCCUCGGGUGGAGCAAUAGAGAACGGAGAUUAUAGCGAGGGCCAGACUCUGGAGGAUGGUGAGGAUGAGUCUGAGGCGGUUCCAGUUGACGAGAAUCUCUUCACUGGGGAGGACCUGGAUGAACUGGAGGAGGAGCUUAACACACUGGACCUGGAGGAGUGAAAGCUGUGACCAUUGCAUCAUUCAUGAACUACACAUGGCUUGAAGUGAAUGACAAUAUUUUCACUGAUAACUACCACAAAAAUUGCCAUGACAGAAAACAUUCUGCCUGCAAUACGCACCCUCAUAACCCAUGACGUCCAGGGAAACUACAGGAUAGAAUGGAGUUAUUGUGACUCUUGUUCUAUUUCAAUUUGAUGAUUGGUUUUCUUUCCCUUUUUGAUAUUUUUUAUCGCAAUCUACCCCUAAAGCACAGUAACAGGCCAAGGCCUUACAAUCGGAUCCAUCUUAAUUCCUGUGGUACUCCAGAAUAUUUAUUAGGCUUUUGAUUUGAGUCUUCUGCAUUCUCUUUUGAAAUGAAGUUUGAUCGUUUUUGUAAGGUCAUGCUACUGAAAUAUCCAGCAUCUAAUACAACAUCAUCCUUCUUUCAUAACUUGUUAGCACUAUUGGAAUCGUUUCCCCUCUUCUCUGCUGAUGUGAAAUGUUCCUUUAAUGAAUACAAAGGGGUUGGUUCAGUUGUAUCAUUUCAGUUUUAAAAUGUAACCAACUGCAUGCCUGUAUCAGGACAAGAAUGUAAAUGCUAAAUAAGCGUGAUACUGAAACUUGGGUGUUCAAUCAUCGGCUGAUGAGAUUGAGGUGAUGAAUGUGACAUUUCUUCGAUGCAGACAUGGCGUCUGGCCUUACAAUAGGAGAUGUGGAAAGACACAUGAUUGCAAGUCAAAUUUGAUUUUUGAAGUGCUUUUGGGAAGUGAGAGAUUGAAAGAGAUGAGCUUGUAAGAUGAAGUAGUAAUUGUUUUGUAUUCAGUUGUUUUAAAACGCCCUUUCACCAACACACAAAGAUAUUGUAAAUAAAAGGAUAUCAGAUCGGA